ACUACCUCCCUCCGGCUCUGCCAGGACUCUUUUCUGUGAUCCUUCUUCACCGCCGGCGGAGGUCAUGAGUGCCAAGCUGUGGACGGAGGAGCAGUUCAACUGCCCCGUGUGCCUGGACCUCCCCAACGACCCGGUCACCAUCCCCUGCGGCCACAGCUACUGCAUGGGCUGCAUCAAGGACUACUGGAGCAAGGACGACCCUAACGGGGUCUUCAGCUGCCCCCAGUGCCGCCAGACCUUCUGCCCCAAGCCGUCUCUGUCCAGGAACACCAUGCUGGCCGAAGCCGUGGAGCAGCUCCGCCGAGGGGCCCGGGAGACCGACGUCAGGGCCUCCAUGCGGAGCCGGGGCGGCUCCUCCUCGGCCUCGGCCACGUCCACGGCCAGGUUGCCCUCCUCGGCCGUGCCGUGCGACCUGUGCAAAGGGGAGCGGCGUGCGGCCGUGAGGAGCUGCCUGGCCUGCAUGAGCUCCUACUGCGAGGCCCACCUGAAGCCCCACCGCACCAAGAAGUCCCUGAAGCAGCACGAGCUCAUCCCGCCCACCGGGGACCUGGCGGAGAAGAUCUGCACGCAGCACAAGUACCUGCAGGAGUUCUUCUGCCGCCAGUGCCGGAUGUUCGUGUGCUGGCUGUGCACCAGCAACUACCACAAGGAGCACGAGUGCGUGUCCACCAAGGCCGAGCGGCUGGAGAGACAGAAGCUGCUGUCAGACGUCCAGGCGGACAACCAGCAGCGGCUGAAGGACAGAGAGCAGGAGCUGAAGGACGUGAGGAAGGUCAUGGAGGGGAUGAAGCGUUCCUCCCAUAAGGUGCAGCAGGACGUGGGCCAGGCGCUGACGGAGCUGCAGCGCUCGGUGGAGCGGCUGCAGGAGCUGCUGGAGGAGACGCUGGACCAGGCCAGCCUGGAGAAGACGGGCCAGGCCCAGGAGCUGGCCGCCAGCCUGGAGGCCGAGGUCCAGGAGCGCCGCAGGAGGGACACGGAGAUGAGGGACCUGGUCAGCUGUGAGGACCACAUCCACUACCUGCAGACCUGUGACUCCAUGUGCAGCCCGCUGGAGUCCGGCGACCUCCCGGCGGUUCACGUCAACCCCGACGCCUCCCUGGAUCCCGUUGGAGACGUGGUCCUGGCUCUCAGGGAGCGAGUGGAGGAUCUGUGCAACCAGGAGCUCGGCAAGAUCACCAAGCAAGUCAACGACACCACCCUCUUCACUCUGGGAGAAGGCAACCGGAGCAGAGCACAAAAGGGGCUUCUGAAGCGUGAGUUUCCUCCUGACUUCUAUGAACGUGUUGAUGAUGCUCUGACUGGUCCUGACAGCUCCGACACCCAGCAUCUCAGUUGGAGCCCGAAGCGCAGACAGACGAGGUGUCGGAGCUCAGGACGUCAGGAGCAGAGAUUCACCACGAGACGGAGGGAACACGAGCUCCCCCAGACCGGGAAACAGACGGCGGAGAGAGGAGAGGGAGACGGUGAGGGAGGCGAACCCCAACCCCAGCCCUGCUCCCAGCCGCAGGGAGUCUCCGUCUCUCUGGAGCAGGUCCAGCCAGGGCCCGGCGGCCCUCGCUGCAUCCCCGGCCCCGGCCCCGGCCCCGGCCCUGACCCCAGCCCCAGCGAGCCCAGAUCCCGCUUCUGCACCCACCGGAGGUACACCUUCAGUCGGAUGGCGUCCAUCAGCAGCCUGUUCCGCUCCAACCGCCGUGGCGCCAGCCAGGCCGUCCCCGCCGCUCCGAGUGCUGCCCCGGCUGCAGCAGGAAACCCAUGGGGGGUGGCGGCUCUGACUGAAGCACCAGCAGAAGUGAACCCGGGCCUCUUCCUGGACUCCCCCUCCCCCGACGCCGUCGGUCACCCUGCUUUCCCAGCACUGAGAGAGAUCAACCUGGACAGCCUGCAGGCGCCGGAGCCGAGGACCAGGGACGAGUUCCUGCAGUAUUGUGUGACGCUGGUCCUGGACCCGAACACGGCCCACCGCCGCCUGGCUCUGUCUGAGGGCGACACCAAGGCCACCCUGCAGGGGGCGGCGGCGCCGCAGCCCGACGCCCCCCAGCGCUUCGACGGCUGGACCCAGGUGCUGAGCCGCAGCCCGCUGCAGGCCCAGCGCUGCUACUGGGAGGUGGAGUGGAGGGGCCGCGGCUCCUCCAUGGGCGUGGCCUACGGCUCCCUGAGCAGGAAGGGCUCGGACGCCCGGGCGGGGCUGGGCUACAACGCCCAGUCCUGGACGCUGGAGCUGUCGGACACCUGCUGCGCCGCCAUGCACGACAACCAGAAGAGGGACAUCCCGGUGGGGUACUCCCCCCGCCUGGGCGUGUACCUGGACCUGGCCGCCGGGGCGCUGCACUUCUACAGCGUGGCCGGCAGCAUGACGCACCUCCACACCUUCAGGGCCAACUUCACCCAGCCCCUGUACGCCGCCUUCGGGGUGGGCAGCGGGGUCGGGGUGGGGCUGGACUUCGCCCUGGGCCAGUUCACGGCCAGCUCCGACAGCAUCAAGAUCUGCCCCUUGUGAGGGGAGCCCGGUGACCCUGAACACCUGGACGUACCUGAGAGGUGGCACCUGGACAACUGGAGGCUCCUGCACCGCUGGACUUGAAGACUUUAUACAGUAUUGUAGUUUUUUUUCUUUCUUGCCUUUGUCUUUUCUAUUUUUUGGGUAUGUAAUUUUUUCUUUUCUUUGUGUGAGCGUGCUGUGCGCGGGAGUACGACGGAGUAUUAGGGCCAAACA